CCAAUCCAGCUGAUAAAUAUAUAUAAUAAAUUAUUUUAUUUUUUCUGUCGACAUAUUAAAAUCUGUAAGAAAAAAAACUGAUUAUCUGUUUUCUCGUCUUGCUUGUGCGUUUGCCACCACAACGUUGUCUUCUCGGGGUUUAAGUUAUAUCUAAUGGCUUCCAAUCCAGAGAAAAAUCCGCCUCCUUCAGACGAGAAAACCGAAUCGACGGAGGCGACUAAGAGUGCUAAACCGGAAUCAGCCUCUGGGAGUUCACCUCCAUCAGCUAAUCCUGGCAUGAAUUUCAAUGCUUUCGAUUUCUCAAAUAUGGCUGGUAUCCUCAACGAUCCAAGCAUUAGGGAACUGGCUGAGCAGAUAGCUAAAGAUCCUGCAUUUAACCAAUUGGCUGAGCAGCUUCAGAGAUCUAUUCCAAACGCAGCUCAGGGAGGAGGUUUCCCUACCAUUGAUCCACAACAGUAUGUCAGCACAAUGCAACAGGUUAUGCAUAACCCCGAAUUUCAGACAAUGGCGGAGCGUCUUGGUAACGCCUUAGUGCAGGAUCCACAAAUGUCUCCCUUUUUGGAUGCUUUCUCGAAUCCUGAAACAGCAGAGCACUUUACUGAGCGUAUGGCUCGGAUGAAAGAAGACCCAGAGUUGAAACCUAUACUAGAUGAGAUAGAUGCUGGUGGCCCUUCUGCCAUGAUGAAGUACUGGAAUGAUAAAGAUGUGCUGAAAAAGCUUGGUGAAGCAAUGGGUAUGCCUGUUGUUGGCUUGCCAGAGCAGACUGCUUCAGCUGAACCCGAGGCAGCGGAAGAAGGAGAAGAAGAAGAGUCUAUUGUUCAUCAAACCGCCAGCCUUGGUGAUGUUGAGGGUUUGAAAAAUGCUUUGGCAUCUGGUGGUAACAAAGAUGAAGAAGAUUCUGAGGGAAGGACAGCAUUACAUUUUGCUUGUGGAUACGGCGAGUUGAAAUGUGCUCAAGUUCUUAUCGAUGCUGGAGCAAGUGUUAACGCGGUUGACAAAAACAAGAACACACCUCUGCAUUACGCUGCUGGUUACGGGAGGAAAGAGUGUGUAAGCCUUCUCCUAGAGAAUGGUGCUGCAGUGACUCUUCAAAACCUAGACGAGAAGACACCCAUUGAUGUGGCCAAGCUCAACAACCAGCUCGAGGUGGUGAAGCUGCUUGAGAAGGAUGCCUUCCUUUGAGCUUGGGUGAAGUGAAGCUCUAAGCUCAUAUUUGUCUUUUAGGGAUUUCUCUGUUGUGUGUCCUGAACCAGUUUCACAGACCUUUUUGUGUACUUACUUCUUUUUUCUUAAAUAUUUGUGCUUUACCUAGUUUCUCUCUCCUUCUAAAUUUGUCUCUUAUGGUGUUUUUGAUUUCAUUCAAAGUCAAAUAAAGAAAGAAAGAGCAAUCAUGUUUUUAAUCUAUGGUUUGUGACGAUCUAUUUUGCUGAAAUU